AUGGCGAGGUCUAUUAUACCGGGCCUGAACGAGACCGUCCAGACCCGUGCCGCGAGCGAGGGCCUGCUGGAGACAGCCGCCGCCACGGGCUACUGCGGCGUUCCGCAGUACAACUUCGACAUGUGUAACACCGACCUGGGCAGAGUCACUAUCUACACCUCCAUUCCUGGAGCCGGCGAGCAUGUCGUUGCCAACCGGGAGCGAGUCAGCAUCAACAGCGAUUGGAAAUUCAAUCGCUUUACCUCACCGCCAGACGACCUUUCUUACCAUGACAAACUGAGACCAUGGAUUCUACCUACCGCGAACGACUUCAUCUUCAAUAGCGACCGUUACCAGCGUCCGGAUGGUCAGGCUCCAGGCAAGAAUGUGUCCUACACGCAGGCUUCCUUUGAUGAUAGCGCCUGGGAGUCCGUCAACCUACCCCAUGACUGGGCCAUCAAAGGCCCUUUCAAAGCUCCCGGAAUCAUUGGAAUCAUGGGAAGUCUGCCAAUCAAUGGUGUCGGCUGGUAUCGUCGCAACCUUAUCUUCUCGAGAGAUGACGUAAACAAGUCCAUCUACCUCGACAUCGACGGUGCAAUGGCAUACGCAGCGGUUUGGCUGAACGGCGAACUUAUUGGGGGCUGGCCUUUCGGAUAUGCCUCCUUCAGACUUGACCUGACCCCCUAUGUUGACCUCGACAGUGUUAACCAAUUGGCCAUUCGACUGGAAAAUGACGUCAACUCCUCAAGGUGGUAUUCGGGUGCUGGACUCUAUCGGAGUGUCUGGCUAAUGAAGACUGACCCGAUCCACGUGGCGAACCAUGGAACGAAGAUCACAACACCAUUCGUGUCAGCCGAAGAGGCCACGAUUGACCUGACAGUCACCGUGGAGAGUGAAAGCGAAACAGAACAGGAGAUCUUUGUGGAAACAGAAGUCAAGGCUAAAGGACGAGAUGUCGUCGGCACCUUUGAGCGAACAUCGCUUCUGGUACCGCCAGGAGGGAAAGCCUCAAUCAACGGGUCGCUUACACUGGACUCACCCCUACUUUGGGGCCCACCGCCAGACCAGACCCCGAAGCUUUACGUAGCCGUCACUACUCUUUCAACUAAGGACGGCACCAGCAUCGAUCAGUACGAAACAACAUUUGGCAUUCGCUCGCUCGUCUUUGAUCCAAACCAAGGCGUUCUAGUCAAUGGAAAAAAGGUGCCCAUUCACGGAGUCAACAGCCAUCACGAUCUUGGCAGCCUUGGAGCCGCCUUCAACAUUCGGGCCGCCGAGAGACAGCUGAAAGAGCUGCAAGAAAUGGGAUGCAAUUCGCUUCGCACCGCACACAACCCCCCGGCACCGGAGCUCUUGGAUCUUGCCGAUCGCCUUGGCUUCCUGGUCCUGGCCGAAGCUUUUGAUGCGUGGGAUGAAGCAAAGAUGGCAAAUGACUUCCACUUGAUCUUCCCCGACUGGCAUGAAGCGGACCUUCGUUCGUUCAUCAGGAGAGAUUUCAAUCAUCCAUCAAUCGUCUCUUGGAGUAUCGGAAAUGAGAUUCCAGAACAGAGGACUGCAGCUGUGGGGGAGAGAGGCCAACUACUUUACGACAUUGUUCACGAGGAAGACGGCACCAGGCCAGUUACCGCAUCGCUUUACAACGCCCAGGCUGGAGAUCCGCUUGCAAAUGUUAUUGACAUUAAGAGCCUGAACUAUCAGGGAGAGGGAGGUGGAGGCAACUACAUGCCCGUCUUCCCCUCGUAUCGCGAUGCCUAUCCUGAUAGUCUGAUCUGGUCGACUGAGAGUGCGGCCACGAUUAGCACACGCGGCGCCUACUUGUUCCCAGUUGCCACCAACAUCACUGCCGUGAUAGAGGAAGGUGUAGGCAUCUCUACAUCCCUGGAAGUUAGCGCUUACGACUUGUACCACCUGAAUUGGUCCGCCAGUCCCGACUACGUCUUCUACGAGCAAGACACGCAUCCAUAUGUAGCUGGAGAGUUUGUCUGGGCAGGGUGGGACUACCUAGGCGAGCCGACGCCCUUCCUCUACCAGGAAGACGCGAGAAGUUCCUAUUUUGGCAUAAUUGAUCUGGCUGGGUUCAGGAAGGACAGAUUUUAUUUGUACCAAGCUCGAUGGCGCCCUGAUCUUCCCUCUGCCCACAUGUUGCCCCACUGGAGCUGGGGUCCCGAGCGGGAGGGCGAGAUAACUCCAGUCCACGUCUUUACAUCUGCGGAUGAGGCCGAGUUGUUCGUCAAUGGCGAGUCAGCUGGGAGGGUCUCUCGAGAACCUUACUCCUGGCGGUUGCGCUGGAACAACGCAAUCUAUGUUGUCACGUACAAGGAUGGCUCGGUGUGGGCUGAGGCAACGACAAACACAACUGGUCCCGCAGCUUGUCUUACCUUAAAUGCCGACCGCAGCGCUAUCUCGGCAGAUGGCUCCGACCUGUCGUUUAUCACUGUUUCUGUUGUGGACGAGGAGGGUCAGGUUGUUCCGACUGCAGAUGACAGCAUCACAUUCUCUAUCACAGGGCCAGGUGAGAUUGUGGCAACGGACAAUGGCAGCCCGAUUGACCAAACUCCUUUCCCAUCUCUCACGAGGAACGCUAUGAGUGGAUUGGCACUCGCCAUUGUCCGCUCCAUCAAUGGCGAUGCGGGCGAAAUUGUUGUAACUGCAACAGCGAAAGGGCUGAGAGAGGCCACUGUCACUGUAAAUGCAGAGUAGCCAACCAGUAUUAUGUUGCCCCUUUAUUGAGGAGAUUCUGUUUGUAGCUAGCUUUGGCUCUUUGUGUCCAACAGUUGUGUAUCGCGGUUACUAAGCGCAUGCACCACGUGUGACGCAACAAGCCUGCACUAUGAAUACCACUUACACCAGC